AUGAGAGUAACACCUUGGAAUCAGUACCAGUUGGUGGACCAAGAGUCUGAUCCUGAUAUCCAGCUGGCUACUGGGAAGAACCACCCUGUCCACGGGUGCGCUUCCUUUGUAUGCUUUGGUCGCGCUACCGCUGGAGUCGAGAGUCCAUCUCAUCUGAAAGUUGGACCUACUCAGCAUGAAGAAGUCUCACAGGGACGUCCUGUCUAUUAUGAUGGUAAAGAUCAAGCACAUUUGGCCGAUCAUCUUGAUACUAGUAACGGAAGCAGUAUUAGUUUGAAGAGCAGUAUGAAGAAACCUACAAAUAGUGUUCCAGUUUCUGCUGCAAGUGGCGGCAGCUUUGACAAUGGACAAGAAACUUCUUUUGAGAAGAAUAAUGAUGUUUCAAGUCCAACGGAGAGGAGAAAAGUGCAGUGGACAGAUACAUCUGGAGGAGAGCUCUUUGAGAUCCGGGAAUUUGAGAUGAGCGAAGUUGAAAUGGACGAUGAAUUUGACCAUCGGAAUCAAAAGACUUGUGCAUGCAGGAUAAUGUAA